AUGAUGACCCACAGCUGCCUCCGCGGGCACCCUGAGCAGCCCGCGCGGAUAUCCAGGAUCUUCGACAUCCUCACCGAGAACGGCUGCUUCCAGCGCAUGCGCGAGCUCCCCAUCCGCCCCGUGCACCGUGAAGAGGCCCUCCUCGUGCACAGCCAGGCCUUGUGGGACAAGGUCCUCGCCUCCACUGUGACCCUGACAGAGCAGGACAUCGUCGACUCGGAGGCGUACUACAACGACCUCUCACUCUAUGUCCAUCCGUCGACACCUUACGCCGCUAGGCUGAGCGCGGGUGGAGUGAUCGAGGCCGCUCUCGCCGUUGCGAAGGGAGAGGUCAAGAAGGCCUUCGCGAUUGUCCGGCCCCCCGGUCAUCAUGCCGAGCCCGACGAGCACAUGGGCUUCUGUCUAUUCAACAACGUCUCUAUCGCCACCAAGGUGGUUCAGGUCAAGACAUCGACGAAGAAGAUCUUGAUCCUUGACUGGGACUUCUCAUGCUACACAGGCAAUGGCACGCAGCGUGCCUUCUGGGACGAUCCAAGUGUGCUUUACGUAUCCCUACACCGAUACGAAGGCGGCUACUUUUACCCUAACGGCCCCUUCGGAAGUCUCACAUCAGUCGGAGAAGGCGCCGGGACUGGCUACUCUGUAAACAUCCCGUGGCCAGAGGCGGGGAUGGGCGACGCGGACUACCUCCUCGCAUUUCAGAAGAUCAUCAUGCCGAUUGCGCUAGAGUUCGCCCCCGAGCUCGUCAUCAUCUCGGCCGGCUUUGAUGCUGCGGAAGGCGACGACCUCGGCGAAUGCCACGUCUCCCCUGCGGGUUUUGCGCACAUGACCCACAUGCUGUGUUCGCUGGCGGGCGGCAGGGUCGUCGUCGCCCUCGAGGGAGGCUACUGCCUCGACGCCAUCGCGGCUUCGGCACUGGCGGUGACGAACGUCAUCCUCGGGGAAGUGCCGCCGAUGUUGCCGCCGAUGACGGCAUCGGAAGCGGCUACUGAGACGAUCUGGCAGGUGGCGAUGGAGCAGAGCAAGUAUUGGAAGAACCUCGAUCCGAAGUCGUGCGAGCCUAUCGAGGAGAUGGAACCCAUCGCCAUAUCGGUACCCGAACUCUUGAAAGCCCAUCGAGCAGACUACUUGUUCAAGACACACGGGAUGGUUGAGCUGCCACUGCUGAACCCGGCACUCACCGAGCGGUACAGCGCUCAAGUAGCGUGCACCCCUGAUAUCAUGGGUAAGGACAAAGACACCCUGUUGGUCUUCGUCCAUGAAUUCGGAAACUUGCGCAUCGAGCUCGACUCCGUGACGCACUGUGACGUUCGCCAAGAGCAUUCUUACCUGGUCGACUGCUCUAAAGAGCUGAUCACUUGGGCCAAGUCGAAGAAGUACUCCAUUUUGGACGUGAACGUCCACCCGAAGCCGUAUGCAAAGACGAGGCUCAAGAGCGGCAGCGAUGAUUACGCUGGGGCGGUCUUGGUCUACCUGUGGGACAACUACAUCUCGCUCACUAGUGCGCCCAAAGUGGUCCUCGUCGGGCAUGGGCCCGGCUGUGCGGCCCUGAUCAACAUGAUGCAGCAGCGGGCUGUGGGGGUCCUGAAGUCGGUCGUGACCGUCGUCAGCGUCGCUAGCAACCACGAAACUCCGCCUACUCCGCGGGACAUCCCAAAGCUUCGAGAGUGGUACUACGAGAACUCUCUGUUGGUGGUACCAAACACGCACCACAUUCUCAACUCCGUGAGGCUGAUGAAGAGAUAUGGGAAGAUCGUAUUCGUAGGGGAGGAAAAGCCGAUCAAGCUCAUGAUGGCAGCCUUGAGCGGGAUCCAGGGCUGGGUGGAGAGGAAGUUGGAGGACUACAAGCGGCCAGAGUGA